AUGCAAGCUCUUUACGCCUUCAAGAAGGCAAGACCCGUUUUGUACAACGAAAUUGAGGCUCCGUGCGAACUACGAUCGCUGCGCAGCGAUUCUCCAGAGCGCUACAGCGUCCCGAAUGGUGCCCCACCGCCGCCGUUUAGCUUUGACUUUGUUGAGGUGGGCCCCCGACUGGGCUGGAGAUGGACAAACGAAAAGCAGGGUGGAUGCUGUGAAAUCCAAUGGCUCGAUCCAGAACCAUACGAAGGAGGCUUCGAUGACUGCACUGUGUACCUGAAGCGGUAUUCUGAGAUUCGACAGGAGGAUGUCAACAGCUUUCGCGGGUUUCUUCAGCCUCCUACUCGCGAACAGUAUCUUGCGCGUCGCAACUCUGACAGGCACGACAGCUCCGUAGUGUAG